AUGAGUAAAACACAAGAUUCUGUCGUUGUGAUGCAACAGACUGAUCUGGACAAUCCUCGGAACGAUUGUUCAAUAUCUGAAAAUGAACCGAUGACAUUUCGAGUUUACUUUCACACAUUUUGGAUGGAUUAUUUUCUGAUGGCUAUCAUGGGUGCACUCGGUCUUGGCAUUUAUUUCCUUCGACCAGUGCCCAAUCGUGUCUUUCCUGUUUAUUUCACGAAUGGUGAAAUCGUGAAUCCAGAAUUUGGUUAUCCCUAUCAAAAAAAUAUCGUUCCGAUUUGGUUAGCCGCACUGCUCGCAUUCAUCGUUCCAUUUCUGUUCAUUAUGAUCAUGCAAAUACGUCUUCGUAGUUUCAAUGACGCUAAUGCAGCAAUCAUGGGUCUCCUCUUUUCAUUAAUAUCAGCUGCUGUCUUUCAAGUUUUUAUCAAAUGGCUCAUCGGAGGAUUACGCCCACAUUUCUUCUCUGUUUGUAAACCUUAUAUUAAUCUGUCGAGCUAUGGAACUGGCACCGGAUUUGAUGGGAUGAUGUUUGAUCGGUCAAUCUGCACAGGAGAUAGAAAACAGAUUAACGAUGCUCUCGAAUCAAUGCCAUCUGGUCAUUCAACAGCAGCAUUCGCCGGUCUUUUGUACUGUUCAUUGUAUCUAAAUGGUAAACUGAAAAUUUUCGCUAAUUAUCGUCCACAAUAUUGGAAGUUAAUCGUCUUCUAUGCGCCUAUACUUGGCGCUGUUCUUAUUGCAGCAUCAUUAACCAUCGAUCAUUAUCAUCAUUGGUACGACAUUCUAGCUGGGGCAGUUAUUGGAAUUAUGUUCGCUCUUGGAUCUUAUCGUUUUCAAUAUGCCAGCAUUUGGGAUUAUCGAUUCAAUCAUAUUCCCUUGCCACGAAUGAAUUCCGAUGAAGGCUUUGAUUAUCAUCUUGAUCAUUUGAAACAUUAUUUAAGUGCAUCAAAGAAGGGUGGGUGGGCGAAUGAACGUAUCUACGGAGCACCAUUUGAUGCGUCGGGUACAUUAUCAGUUUUAAAGUCAUCCGGUUCGGUUAUAACCGAUAUCAGACUAUAA